AACCAGAAUUACGCUUUAUGUAUAUCGUUGUGUCCUCGUUGUUAGCUUAAUUGAACUGUUUAAAUGCCCAUUCAAAUAAAGUACUGGGGGAGUGAUACACCUAAAAAAUAUAGCACAAGUUUCCAAUCCGCCAGUAUUAAGAUCAUACAGAAUGAGUUACUAAAGAUAAUAUUAGGAUUUUAUCAGGAAAUGAGUUCCCUGCUAGUUUUACUGCAUGUACCAGUUUGGUUGACUAUAUUUCAAAUAUCAACUGAAGUUACAUUGCCUUUUCAAUGUCCACAUCAGUCACAUAAACAUAUGCGCAGUCAUUGGUACUGCAAAAACAAUCUAAAGCAUGAAUACAUCUGUUUAAUUGAUACUGAACGUGCAUCAUCAACUGAACUAUGUGUCAAAACCUUGGACUAUGCCCCACCAGGUCAAAACUAUGUAUGGACUGGCGGCUUUCGUAACUUAGAUUGCAAAAAUCAUACUUUCCAACCUUAUGCACUUUGGCAAAAUGAAAGCGAAAAAUGUUUGUUUGAAAAAUCACACUGCAUUGAUGAAGGCCAAACUGUAUUUCACUCUGGAACAACAGAAACGGACAGUUCUUGUCGCUGUGAUCAUACACGAUAUUAUAGUUUUGUAAGUCCAACUGAGCAUGGUGAAUAUUGUGAACCAUCAAAAGAGGAUUGUUCCUGUUACAUCAAACAAUGUGCUUAUAAUGAACAACUUAAUUCCGAUUAUGAAUGCAUCAAUAGUUUAUCGGAAGAUUAUUCCUCUCUCACAAUCGAUGCCAGUAUCAACACCACAGGAGUGGUUGUUCUGUCAACAUUCCGAGAAAAUACAAGACGAAAUGUAAAAUGGUCUUCGUUUAAUGUUGGAGUGUUCAUUAUGAUUAUGAUAAUCCUGUUUCUGAUCGGAGGAAUUACAUUCUGUUGGUUCUUACAAAAACAAACUGAAAAUUAUGCUGAGUUAGAACUUCCAGAACCAAUAGUAACUGUUGGACCAAGUCGUCCUAUUGUCAAAGCAGGAACAGCUACAACUGAAAUCAAUGAAUCAAAACCCGCCAACAACGACCAAUACAUACACACCGAAAUUAGCGAAAAUAGCGUAAGCUCAACGAAAAGAUGUUUUGCAGACAUUAAAGUAAUAGGAUCUCUGCCCGUUAUCUUUCCGGCUUCAGUCACGUAUACCAUGGACAUUGGACAUACUGUUAGUAUCGUAUACUUGAUAGUAUCGGACCUGGAUACACAGAUAUCCCUCAAAAGAAAAAGUAAUGUUGGUGACAAAUUUUUUGUUUGCUGUCCUAUGAAAACAGAGACAUUAGAAUAUGCAGAUGGCAAGUUCAAGUAUUUUGUGAAAAUUUGCUCUCUGAAAACGAAUAAACCGGGAAUUUAUUUUUGUGAUGCAACUAAUGUAGUUGGAACUAGAUCCAGUAAACAACAAAUUACAGUUACGUAUACUAGUGCUCUGCCCGUUAUCUUUCCGGCUUCAAUCACGUAUACCUUGGACAUUGGACAUACUGUUAGUAUUGUAUACUUGAUAGUAUCGGACCUUGAUACACAGAUAGUCCUCAAAAGAAAAAAUAAUGUUGGUGAAAAGUUUGUUGUGUGUUGUCCUGUGAAAACAGACACAUUGGAAUAUGUAGAUGGCAACUUCAAAAAGUAUUUUCUGACCAUUUGCUCUCUUAAAACGAAUAAACCGGGAAUUUAUUUUUGUGAUGCAACUAACGUAGUUGGGACUAGAACCAGUAAACAACAAAUUACAGUUACGUAUGCUAAUGAAAUAAUGGCAUCACUGGAUAUUGGAUCCACGACUUCAAACGUUGCGUUCAUCUGUACCGAAGAAUACCUCCAUGACGAGAGGAAAAUAUACACGACUCGUAUGCAUACUGGUGAAAAGAUGAUACAGCCUACAUGCUUGUUAAUAAAGAAUGCGAACCAAAAAACACUGUUUGGGAAUGAUGCUAAAACGGAAUAUGAAGAUUGCCUGACAUGGGACGACUCUACGAACAAUUCAUUUUUUGAAGGAUUUAGAGCCAAGUUGUGUAAACAAAAGGACAUGUUGGAAAAAUCCAGAAUAGAGGACGUCACUGGACGAAUAAAAAUGUGUACAUCAGAAAUAUUUAAACACAUUAUCAUCCAUUUAAAAGAAAUGACUAUUCACGAAAUUAAAGAAAGGCAUAUUAACGUAAAAGAAGAUAGCAUAUUAUGGAUUUUGACCUUGCCAGCAGAGUGGUAUACACGAGAGAAAGACUUUUUCUUUACUUGCUGCGAAAAGGCUGGGAUACAAAACAGCAAGUUAUUAAUGCUAUGCGAAUCUAAGGCGGCGUUCAUUUACUGUCAAAGUUUGGAAGGCAAAAGAAAUACACCAAUGUUAAACUGUGGCAUGCAGCAUUUGAUAGUUGAUAUAGGAGGGGGUACAAGCCAGUUGUCGGUACUUCAACCAGUAGACGCAAAUGAAUUAAAAGAACAGCAUCCUUCUGCCGUUUUACCAUGUGCUGGGGAUACGCUAGAUAAGGAUAUAAUGUACUUUUUUGGAAAAAUUGUCGGUGAUAGGGUUGUCGACGAUCUUAAAAAGAAAGCCAGCUGUUACAAUGAUAUUCAGAAAGAGUUUGAAUCUGCUAAAAUGCAACACGCAAGCAACGUACCAUGGGCAAGAUUCUCCUUGCCAGUCGACAUUUUGAAUAAACUAUGUGUUCAGUUACAUAACGAGACAUUUGUCGAAAUGCUUUGCAAACAUCCAAAAGUAAACAUGGACAUAGAACAUUUAACUGACGAAAAGAAAAAGGAAACCAUAUCUCUGAAAGGCGGAAAAUUUUUCAUUGGUAAAGAUUAUUUGUCUGAAUUAUACCAAAAAGUAAUAGAUGUUAUAUCUUCAGAAAUAAUUAAUUAUCUUAAAAGAUAUUCUCUUACCAGCAUUACUUCGAUAGUCCUUGUCGGAGGAUUAUCAAAUUGUAGACUUGUAAGACAAGCUAUUGAAAAAGCAUUUCCAAAAAAGAAAAUUUUUCUUGCUGAUGAUUCAGUUUUUGCUGUUGCAAAAGGGGCAAUUUUAUUUGGCUGUAAGCCAACCAUUAUAACCACAAGAAUUACAGGAUACACAUAUGGACGUCGAAUUCGUCCGAAAUUCGAACAGGGAGUCCAUAAUCCAAAGAAAAAGGUAAAAGAUGAUAAAGGACCGGAUCGUUGUAAGGACGUGUUUGAAUCUUUUAUGAGUAAAAACCAAAUCGUACCAAUUGGUACUACUGUGAAACUUGUAUAUUUUACAGUAUACCCACACAAAUAUGUAACAAUAGUUUUAUAUAUGUCUGAGAAGGAUGAUCCAAAAUAUGUGGACGAGGAGGGAUGCAAGAAGAUCCUUGAAUUCAAUGUCAAACUUUCUAGGCCUAGUAAGAGAAGACAGUAUAUUGAUGUCGAGUGUGUAUUUGAAUACGACAAAGUUACCGUGAAGGCAGUCGAUAAAGCAUCAGGAGAAAUUAAAUCUUCAUAUUUUCAACUAUACUAAUAUACGUUUAUUUUGCUGAAAUAUUAGAAUAUUCGUAUCGGAUUCGUUGACUUAAGAGAAUUUUUAUUUAUUUAAACAUAAGGAAAUUCUUUUAAAUACACUGAUAAAUACGGAUAGAAAAAUCACUAAAAAUAUUAUAGAGCUCCAAUGUAAAUUAAAAAAGGGGAAGUUCAUAAAAACGUUAAAAAAAAUAAAACGUUAGAUUUUAUCAACCUACGGAAAACAACUAUGUGACUUGGUACAGACAUUUUCGAAUAAAUUGUAGACUGAA